GUCCUUUUAACCUGCUUCAAAUUUAAUCAUUGGCUUGUUGCAUGAUUCAAGCCGGGAGCAUGCAUUUGAAUGGGUUGUUGUUGUGUUCCUGCCAAAGAGUAGCACUCAAAAAAGAGGGGGGAAAGUACUUGUUCAUGCACUGGCUCAUUAAAAGUGAAAAAGUGCAUUAAGCUGUACCGUCUGAUUAAAACCACAAGUUGACGAGGCAAACAGGACAAAAAUUCUGACAGUAAGAUGCAUUUUUGUUGUUUGCUUUUUAAAAUACACUUAAUUAAUAAGAAUAGUGUUGAGAAAAAAAAGUUCUGUGUUCAGGGAAAGUAAUAAAUGUCUGCAUAUUUUAUGCUUGGAUAGAUUACCUGUACUUCUUCACAAAACAAACAUGCCAGGACUUCUUUAUCAAAAUAUGUAUAAAUAUGUACAACUCAGACCCAGACUUAAGAUGAUGAAACGUAUUUGUGCAACCUGUGCAAGAAGCAGCCCAUAUGUAAUGUAAACAACUAUGAGAGACAGUGGGCAACCGGCCACUGGGCUCUCAGAUCAUGUCAACUUCACCGUGAAUAAGCAUAUGUGUUAUGUUCUCCCAAAGGGACAUUGAAACAAUCUCUAGAGUAAUCUUCUGUAGCAGGGCAUUUGAGCUUUUCCCGAAUCCCUUAACGGGUGCUUGCUAAUUCCCUGCCAAAACUAUCAGUGGAUUCCUUCCUUCUAAUCUCCCAUAAUGCCUUAUUCGAUUAUUGUCAAUGCCCUCCGUCCCUACUCUUCAUUCCCUUAAAACACUUUAGUUUUCCAACAGAGCGAGUCAGAUGGAGCGCAAUCACAGUGUGCAAAUCGACCAGGACAUACGCAAAAGCUUGGCUGCGCACUACAACCUCUUUGAUCUCUCAGUUAUCUCUUUUUGAAUUAUGGAAUAUGCAAAUAACAACAGUUGACCGUAGCUUUUUGUGUUUUUAAUGUGCACAAGGCAUGGCUUUCUUUUUUACUUGCUUUUUCCUGUCCUGUGUUGGGCGUGUUUGGCCAAACAAACCACCCGAGGCAAACAUCUAUUUGGAAAAUAUUACGCGAAUUUUGGAUAGAUUACUAGAAGGAUAUGACAACAGGCUGCGACCCGGAUUUGGAGGUCCUGUGACUGAGGUCAAAACAGACAUCUUUGUCACCAGCUUCGGUCCUGUGUCAGAUGUUGAAAUGGAGUAUACAAUGGAUGUAUUUUUCCGACAAACAUGGAUCGACAAGAGGCUCAGAUUCGACGGCCCCAUCGAGAUCCUGCGGCUCAACAACCUCAUGGUCAGUAAAAUCUGGACGCCGGACACAUUCUUCCGGAAUGGCAAGAGGUCCAUCUCCCACAACAUGACCACUCCCAACAAGCUGUUCCGUAUCAUGCAGAACGGAACUAUCCUCUACACCAUGAGGUUAACAAUCAACGCGGAAUGUCCCAUGCGUCUCAUAAACUUCCCAAUGGACGGCCACUCUUGCCCACUGAAGUUUGGCAGCUAUGCCUAUCCCAUCAGUGAGAUAGUGUACACAUGGAAGAAGGGGCCACUGUUUUCAGUAGAGGUGCCACAGGAGUCUUCCAGUCUGCUCCAGUACGAUCUCAUAGGACAGACUGUUUCCAGCGAGCGGUUAAAAUCCAAUACAGGUGAAUAUGUGGUCAUGACAGUCUAUUUCCACUUGCAACGGAAGAUGGGCUUUUUCCUGAUCCAGACCUACAUCCCCUGCAUAAUGACAGUCAUCCUCGCCCAGGUGUCCUUCUGGAUCAACAAGGAGUCGGUACCUGCCAGGACUGUUUUUGGCAUCACCACGGUGCUGACCAUGACGACACUGAGCAUCAGUGCCAGGCACUCCUUGCCCAAGGUGUCCUACGCCACGGCCAUGGACUGGUUCAUUGCCGUCUGCUUCGCCUUCGUCUUCUCCGCCCUCAUCGAGUUUGCGGCAGUCAACUAUUUCUGCACGCUGCAGGCCAACCGGGACAUGCGCAGGGAUGCAGCACUGAGGGCCGCAGCUCAGGAGGCCAUGAACAGAGCGACCACCGAUGGCCAAGUGCUCUCGCCUCAUCUGGACCCCACCGGCAUCCUGAAGAAGCGGAUGAACUCGACGGGCCGUUUGGAGGGCCCCGGACAGAACAGACAGUUCUCGAGUCCGCAGCCGUCCGACUACCGCCCCCAGGGCUCCGCCAUGCCCACCGACAACAUGUUCGGAAGCACCAGCAUCAUCGACAAGUACUCGCGCAUCCUCUUCCCGCUGUCCUUCGGCGCCUUCAACCUGGUCUACUGGAUCGUUUAUCUCACCAAAGACACCAUGGAGUCAAGGGACACUGUGUAAGUUCCUGCUGCCUCUCUGCCUCAUUCAAACAUGGCUCAGAGGUUGAAUAGAUGAAAGAGAAAAGAAGAAAAGAGAAGAAAAGAGAAGAGAGGAGAAGAGAGGAGAAGAGAAGCUCACUGAGGUUCUGCAGCUUGAUCGGCCUGUGGUGUUUUCUAUUUGAUUUUAUUAUUCUUCCUUCCUGCUCGCCUGUGUGUUACGUAAGGACGGAGCGUUCGCCUGGUUACUGGACUCUACUGUUACUGUCCUCCCUGUCUUCAGUUCCUGUUGACAUGCGACCCGAGGGUGAGGACUCUCGGAGUGUCUCAGAGGAGGACCGCACCCGUCUCACCCCCCCCCCUUCAGACAAGGACCUGUCUAUCUCACUGUCCCUUUUUAGGCAAAGAUCUUCCUGUUGCAGCCUCCUUUCAGACGAGGAGUUGCCUGUCUCCCCUGCAUUUCAGAGGACAAACUCUGUCUCUCACCCUCCUAUCCAAACAAGGACCUGCCUGUCUCUCACCCUCCUAUCCAAACAAGGACCUGCCUGUCUCUCACCCUCCUAUCCAAACAAGGACCUGUCUGUCUCUCACCCUCCUAUCCAAACAAGGACCUGCCUGUCUCACACCCUCCUAUCCAAACAAGGACCUGCCUGUCUCACACCCUCCUAUCCAAACAAGGACCUGUCUGUCUCACACCCUCUUAUCCAAACAAGGACCUGCCUGUCUCACACCCUCCUAUCCAAACAAGGACCUGCCUGUCUCACACCCUCCUAUCCAAACAAGGACCUGCCUGUCUCACACCCUCCUAUCCAAACAAGGACCUGUCUGUCUCUCACCCUCCUAUCCAAACAAGGACCUGCCUGUCUCACACCCUCCUAUCCAAACAAGGACCUGCCUGUCUCACCCACCUUUUCAGUUGAAGACCUGCUGGUCUGACCCUUCUUAUCUCUCCUUGUCUCCUCAUCUUCUCACG